AUGGCGAACAGAGGUGGAAAUAGUCAUCGAGGUAUGUAAAUCACGAGUAGAGUAUAAAAGUAUGGGAAACAAACAUAGCUCUGUCCAUCCAAUUCAAGAUAGCCACCUAGAAAAAGUUUAGCUUGUCAAAUCAAAAGAUGCUGACUUGAAAUAAUAAGGCUUUCUCACACAGUUUGAAAAAGUUGUGACGUGGAAUUAUUUCGUACAAUCAGCUAGCACUUCCGAUCCCUUGUUGAGAUUUUAAUAGCUGUAGUACGUUUAUAAGCUUACACUGUGCCCUUUGUAUUUUUGUCUGUUUCUUCAUUUUUUUUGUAAGCUAGCACGAAGAGUUCAGGAUCUGUGGUUUUUCGGAGAAGAGUUUUUAAAGUAAUAAUCAGAAACAGUUAAGCUAACAAGUUGAAACCGAUUGAUAAUUUAGCUUAAAUAUCAUACAUCAGGGGCCAGGAGCACUACAACUGAUGAAAUGUUAGAAACAGAAAAUAACCGAAUGGUGGACGACUUAGCUGCCAAAGUUUCUCGUUUGAAAGGAGUAAGUCAGGGAAUUUAUUUUGUGUUUGCAUAGGUUAAGAACCGUGCAUUGAAUAAACUAAUUAAUAUGUUGUUAAACCUAUAAGGAGUAUAAAGUCUGAGAGGGAAAACGUCUUAGAAAUGACAAUAUAUAUAUUACUCAGUUCUUGUCAUUGCUGGAGUUUUUUUAAUCAUGGCCUCUAUUUUCUAAAGAACAAUAGAUUUGUGACGUCAUGACUGUCUUAACAUAAUGAGAUAAUCUGAACUGCAGAAGUGGAGCAAAUUUCUAUGUGCUGUUGUAUGCAACUGCAAUAAAAAUAUAAUGGCUAAGAGACUGAUACAGGGCUGUCAACCCCCCACAUCAUCAAAUAUUGAGAAUUGAUAGGGAAGGAAUGAUAGAUGAUGUCAUAUUGCACGACAAAUGACAUCAUUUGUGCCAAAGUGCUUUUUGAUUCCGAUCAACGUAUAUAGAACAUAAACAGUUCAUAUUUAGCCACAUUGUUGCUUAAAUUACAGUGGCAUGCCAGAAUUUAUGAGGAAACAUUCCAUGUUGACAGUAGCUCAAACAAUGCAAAAUAUUUGACAUCUUAUGGUCGGAAAGUCAAGUCUACAAGAAAUAGCAACUUUGGCGAUUAUCCGGGAGAUAUCAGACCCUAAUUUGGAGACCGGGAGAUAUGGUCCAAAACGUGGAGUCUCCUGGGUUAUGCGGGAGAGUUGACAGCACUGUGAUAUCACAGUCAUGACAGCUGGAUGUAUCAGUACACAUAACCAUCAACUGUUUUGUUUCCUAAAAAGUUUUGUUCUGGCUAUGUAUUUUCUUAUAGUUUUCACAACAAUAUUUCUAGUUUAUGCACAGGUGUGAUAUCCCAGUAUAUCAUAUAUCACAUGAAAAACUCAUUAAUAAUUCAUAUGCUUUGAGAAAAACAAAUGAAAUUACAGUUGUUUUUAAUAUCUAUAUCUGAUAAAGACACAGUUAAACUUUGAAUCCAAUUUUUUAGACCAAAAUAACCCCAAAUCUAAAUAUUAGUGCAAGAAUGAGUUGAUCUAUAUGGGAGAUUUUGAAGCCAUUCUUAGAACGUCAGUCGUGUAUCAUCAGGUUUAAAAACUUGAGGUGAACUCACUCUUCCCCUCAAGUUUUUAAACCUGAUAAUACACUCUUGCUCAUUUUUUUAACAGUGCAUCAUUUUUUUCUUUAUUACUUCUUAUUAGAUUGCCAUUGACAUUGAGAAUGAAACCAAGCAACAAAAUAAAUACUUGGAUGGAAUGGUAAGGCAGUCAAAGCAGUCUGUAAUAAAUAACCAAAGCCAGGGAAAGGGGUACAAUUUACUUCAUGCCAUUGGCUAAUUUUCAUAAAUUUCAAGAAAAUGAGUGAUGUAAGCUUUUGUAAGAGAGUGAUGGAAUCCUCAAAUUCUUGUUCACCUCGAGCUGUACUGGAUUUGAUCAUGAGAUGGAUUCUGGAUCCCAACCAACUGGCCCAAAUUCCAAAACAUGGGUUGAAGCAAAAUGUAUUUUCAAGAUUAAAUAGAUAUAGGUAUAUAUUUUUAGAGUUUGUAUAUAUUUAAGGCUUAAGGGUCUUUUUUACUGAUUGAAUGCCCUUUUGUAUUGGGGAACUGUAAUAUUAUUGAGAAAAGAUGUUAUCAUGUCAUAUCAUGUCAUGAGUGUGGGACAAAGAAAAAAUCUGAGUCACUGACAGAGAUUGAACAGGACAUUCUGCCCACCAGUGGAAUGCUCUAAAGAAAGACUCGUGGGAAGCUUAGGCCGUAAUAUAUAUAUUUACAAAGUUCAUUUAAUUUUAUUAUUAUUUUAUAAUGGCUGACAAAAGUAUUAACUUAAAUUUUUUGAUUUGAAUGUUUUUAUAGGGAGAUGAAUUUAGUAGCUCUUCAAGCCUGUUGGGUGGCAGUGCCGCACGGCUAUCAACAAUGAUUUCUUCUGGACGAUCAAACCGAAAAUUAAUGUGUUACAUGAUAGCUGCACUUGUGGGAAUCUUCUUUUUCGGUUACUAUGCUCUUAGUAGAGUCAUUAUCAAAUAG